UCGCUGGGCCCGGUCACCGGCGUGCGGUGGGCGGCGAGCCCUGGAAGGCGCGGGCGGAAAUUCCAGGGGGGCCAGAAUUCCGAAUAAUCUCCCUGAGGGCUGAGAGUCGAGGGUUCGCUUGCGUAAGCAGCACCGGGGGCCUCGGCGCCAGCCUCUCCUCUUCUGGGUUCCGUGUCCUGGACUUCACUCGCUCUUCCCGUCCCCCAAGCUGGAGCUGGUGUUUAGGGCUUUUUUUCAGACUGCUACAUUACAGACUGGUUACCGCUUCUCUCCUCUUCUCGAAAGUCGUCAUCCGAUUUUAUUUUUGGCGGCCAAGCUUAAAUUCAUGCAGCCAUGUAUUAGGAGGUAACCGGAUUACUCAGCCCCUUAGCGUGGGUCUGUUUUUUCGGGCGGGGCAGAAGCUAGUGGUCCUAGGAUGUAGAGUUGGGGGUUCAAGGAUGUGAGGCAUGCACAGAGACAUGGUUAAUUGCCUGAUUAAGAUUGGGGAUUCAUUUUAAAGUUCUUCGACUUUUCCGUGGUGAAGGUGCCGUCGCAAAGGUUUGGGAAAAACGCGCCAAGUUUCCGUUUGCCUUCGUUACAUGAUUACAGCUUUUCUGGCAAGAUUUGCCAGUAUGUUUAUUUAUAUUCUUACAGGUGGGUUGUUUUUUUUUUUUAAUUCUAUGCCGAUGAUUUCAGUUCAAUUGAAACCCUGAAAGCGGUUGGUAAAUCAUUUUUGAAGUUUUUUUUUUUUUUUUUUAAUGUUUGUUUAUCUUUGACAGAGUGUGAGCGGGUGAAGGGCAGAGAGGGAGGGAGACACAAAAUCCAAAACAGGCUCCAGGCUCUGAGCUGUCAGCACAGAGCCCCCUGCGGGGCUGGAACUCGCGAACUGUGACAUCACGACCUGAGCUAAGUCGGUCACUUAAACAACUGAGCCACCCAGGCGCCCCCUUCUUUUUUGAAGGGUUUUGAAGUCCGAUUUUUUUGUUUCGUGAUGCUUUUUCCCCUCUCCGUUUUAAUAUGUAAAACUUCGAAAUACAGAGAAGUUGAAAGGACUGUACUGUGAACAUCCAUAGUUUCCAUCCUAGAGUUUUCCUUCCUUAGCAGGUUGUUUUACUGUACUUACUUUGUCGCUUAUCAUGCUGCUCUUUCUUAAGUGAAUUGCUGUUUAACUUCUGAUGGGGUGCGGUUGUUUGAAUAACAUUUUUGGUUCGGUCUGUUAGGUCUGUCAGUGGCUUUUGAACUAUAUGACCUUGUUGGAAGAGAUGAAAAAACUAUUUUAAUGUUGGGGGUUAAACGCCUAUCCCUGCAACUGAACAGGAGCUGGGUUAAGUGUGUCAUUCUCGAGAUUAUUUGCAGGUCUUUUGAUAUUAACAUUCUGACGCCAAAAGUGAGAGUGAGUAGUUAAAGGUUUAUGUUAUUUAUGAUGUUGUUUGAUGAGGGCUUGUAUUCCUUAACGAGUAAUAACAUCAAGAACUUAAAAGAAAAUUGAACAUUCUGACUCGACCGAGAAAGAGACAUAAGUGUGCUUUUGAAGAAAGUACAGUGAGUAGGUUUGCAUUCAGACCUCUGACUUUAGCAGAUAGAAGAUUAAAUGCUGGUGUCUCUUAAAAAAAUUUAACAGUGGAAUAUUGGUGAACGAUACUAAGUUAGAUGGACCUUUAUUACAGAUUCUCUUUAUGAACAAUGUUAUUUCAAAGCAAUACCAUCAAGAAAUAGAGGAAUUUGUGUCAAAUUUAGUAAAAAGAUUUGAGGAACAGCAGAAAAAUGAUGUGGAAAAGACUUCCUUUAAUCUUUUGCCCCAGCCAUCUAGUGUUAUGCUAGAAGAGGACCAUAAAGUGGAAGAAUCGUGUGCCAUUAAAAACAACAAGGAAGCUUUUAGUGUUGUAGGAAGUGUCCUGUAUUUUACUAAUUUUUGCCUUGAUAAAUUGGGGCAACCGCUUCUAAAUGAAAACCCUCAGCUUACCGAAGGAUGGGAAAUACCUAAGUACCAGCAAGUCUUCAGCCACAUUGUUUCUCUAGAAGGGCAAGAAAUACAAGUAAAGGCAAAAAGGCCAAAGCCUCACUGUUUCAAUUGUGGUUCUGAAGAACAUCAAAUGAAAGAUUGCCCAAUGCCUCGGAAUGCUGCUCGGAUAAGUGAAAAAAGAAAAGCGUAUCUGGACGCCUGCAGUGAGACAAACAGUCAGAAUUUUCAGCAGCGAUACCACGCGGAAGAGGUGGAGGAGAGAUUUGGAAGAUUCAAGCCGGGAGUCAUUAGCGAGGAACUUCAGGAUGCAUUGGGCGUGACAGACAAGAGCCUUCCGCCUUUUAUAUAUCGAAUGCGCCAGCUGGGGUAUCCGCCGGGGUGGCUCAAGGAGGCCGAGCUGGAGGGCUCCGGGCUUGCGCUCUAUGAUGGGAAAGAUGGUGCUGAUGGGGAAGCAGAAGCUGGAGAAGCACAACAGAAUAAAAGUGUCACUUACGAUCUCUCGAAAUUGGUAAACUACCCAGGUUUUAAUAUAUCUACUCCCAGAGGAAUUCCAGAUGAAUGGAGGAUGUUUGGGUCCAUACCGAUGCAGGCGUGUCAGCAGAAGGACGUGUUUGCCAAUUACCUGACUUCUAACUUCCAAGCGCCGAGCGUGAGGUCUGGCGGCAAGAGGUCUUCAUCCCAGUCCAGCCCAAGCAGUCCAAAGAAGCAGAGGAAGGAGAGCAGCUCAGCAGCCUCCCCUGCGGACAUGGAGCUCGACUCAGAUGCGGAGGUCCCUCACGGCUCUCCCAGCGGCGAAGCUUUCCAGUUUCAGCCACCGCCGCCCCCUGGCACUCCCCCUCCUCUGCCCCAGGGGACUCCGCCGCCCAUCUUCACCCCUCCGCUCCCCAAGGGCACCCCGCCGCUGACUCCCAGCGACUCACCCCAGACCAGGACAGCGUCGGCAGCUAUGGAUGAGGACUCACUGACCCUGGAAGAACUUGAAGAGCAGCAGAGGCGGAUAUGGGCGGCCCUCGAGCAGGCCGAGAGCGUGAACAGUGAUUCCGAUAUUCCCGUGGACACACCUUUAACUGGGAAUUCGGUUGCCUCUUCGCCUUGUCCAAAUGAGCUAGACCUCCCUGUCCCAGAGGGAAAACCCUCUGAAAAGCAGAUGCCUGAUGAGCCCGAGGUACCAGACACUUGUACAGAAAAGUCGGAAGUUGAACAUUCUCUGAGCCCAGACUCUGAGCCGACAUUGCUUUGCCAGAAGGAAAAGGAAGAGUCUAUUCAGACGGACCCUAAAGAUGAUGCCCUUCUUGAUAACGGCAACGUUGUGUCGAACUGUGACAUUAGUAAUGGAGGCAGUCAGAAGCUCCUUCAUGUGGACUCCAGUCCUUCGGCAGCCACUAAAGUUCAUAGUCCUGUACCUGACAUGAGCAAGUUUGCAACUGGAAUAACGCCAUUUGAAUUUGAGAACAUGGCAGAAUCCACUGGAAUGUACCUCAGGAUAAGAAACUUGUUAAAGAACUCGCCCCGAAACCAGCAGAAAAACAAAAAGGCUUCUGAAUAACUCCUUGACCUAGCGCCACGAGCUAUUUAAUUAUCUAUAACUUUGUGUUCUGUUCAUUAGUACCAAAUGGAGAUGAGAUUGUUUUCCUGUUUGUCCCUCCCGUGUUUAAAAAUCUAUCCAAGGCUUAAUUGUGGCCUUAAGUCGGGCCUAUUUUAAAGAACAGAAAGACCGGGCUUGCUGGUUUACUAUAUUUUAUUCUCAUUGCUAAAAACUUGCGGGGACGGGAUGUAAGUCCGAGCUGGUUUAGAGAUAGUUCGUUAAGGUUUAUACUACUUUUGGGUCGUGAGUGUCUGUCAGGAGUGAUGGUUUUUAUCUGUCUUUUGUACAUUGAUUUCCCUUUCUACAUUUUGCUAAUUAUCCUGUAUAUAAGUUUAAUAUAUCACUUUUUAAAAAGAAAAAAAACUAACCAUUUUAAAUGCAUAUUUCAACUCUGACAACCAAAUGAGAAAAAUCAGGGAUGAGCAGCUUUAUCCCAUUUGGGGUAUUUUUGUAAGUGAUUUACACACAUCAAUUUUAAUAACACUUUUACUUUUUUUGUAACUUCAUUCUUCAUAUAAGUUUGCUAUACAGGUGCGUUCAUCUUUGUGUACAAAGGUUUAAUAAAUUAGCUUUCAUAUACA